CGGGAAAACACGGAGAACUUCUGGGUCAGAGAUACAUAGAUCCAAGUACACGACCAUAAAGAUAAAGUACUUCCACUGCAAAGACUCGCAGUACUGCAUACUUCUACUACUACUACUACUACGGUCAACAUCAUGGCCAUGUCCGUGAAAGCGCACCGACGGGGCCACUGUAAUCACCCUGACCUCUGACACCUCCAGCACGUGCCCUCCCGUCUGUCAGCUCUUGGGGUCGCUGUGCUACACCCCGGCGCUCUGCUCGAGGUCCCGCCGCGUGACCAUUCCUCGCCGCGGGUCCCUCGCCGUGCUGGGGUCCCUCUGGAUCAUGGCCGGUGUGAUGCAGGCGGCCCUGGGCUCCAUCCUCCUCUUCACUCGGGGCAGCGCUUCGUACAUGCUCAGGGACUUGUUCUGCCCCCUGUGGUUGGGAGCGCUGUUCGUGGGCUUCGGGGUGAGCAGUAUUCUGACGGAGAAGUACCCACGCCCCUGUGUCCUGCUCUUCAACUCCAUCUUCAACCUGGCCGGAGUAGCUAUGUCCAUCGUCGCCAUCGUCUGGUACUCCUCGCAGUUCGACAACUAUCGUUACACCUACAUGCUCCCGUGUUCGGGCCGUGGUGAAGAUUAUUACUGGAGCGGGAGGCCAACCACUACCCCCAACCCCCAGGAGGACGCGGCAGUGCAGCGGUGUCUGGUGGUGCGACAGGUGCUCCAGUGGGUGGUGUUUGGGCUGAGUGUGGUGAUGGUGGUUUUGGCUGCCCUGGGCCUGUUUUUGGGUCUCAGCUCGACUAUUCUCAGCAUCAAAGCCCUCAGAUCCCCACGAGACAAGAGCGAGAGCACGGACCUGAGCACGCCCCUGCUGGAGGACGACGGAAAUGAAGCCAGCCAGUACGACCAGGAGUGAACGUGUGGAGUGUUCUGUGAAAAACACCAAUGCCAACUUUUCCAAAACCGAUACCAGUACCAGUACUUCAUUUUGAGUACUUGAUACCGAUACCCGGUAUUAUCUUUAGAAGAUGAGCUACUUUUUUAAAUUACUUUAGACCAGUACCUAUUUGUGGGAGCUGUUUUUUUUCUACUAAGAUCAUUAUAGUUAGAUCUAAUACUCCUUUACUUUUUACUUCUAACCAUACGACUGCAGACUGCUCUUGGUUUUCAGUUAUAAUCACAUGUUAGCCACGUUAGCCACGUUAGCCAUGUUAGCCAUGUUAGCCAUGUUAGCCAUGUUAGCCAUGUUAGCAUGCUACUACGUAAACACAAGCACUGAGCUGAUAACAUUUAUGAACUAUCAAAACAUUUGACCGUCACAUCAGAUUUAAGUGUUUUAGUCUCACAAAGUUCAGCUCUCUGCUCGUCUGAGACGUGGGCGUUAAAUAAAAACACACUGCAGCUACAGUGGAAUCAGUUCUUGGUUUUAGCAGUACAGGCGAGUACAAGUACAAGUACAAGUACAAGUACAAGCAAGUACCAGGUGCUGGUAUUGGUAUCUGUGAAUCCCUAAUGGAAAAAAACUAAAAUUAUAAAAAAAAUUUGUAGUAAUCUUUUUCCAUCUUGGAAUUAAAAUAACCACUGUCACAUUUAUGUCAAAUAGUUUCUGAUAAACUCAUCACCAAAGACAGCUUGUACUGCACUUUGUGUAUGUUAUAUAUAUAUGUGUGUGUAUUUCCUGGUAAUAUUUUUCUCAGUGUGAAGUAAAAUACUUUUAAGUACUAAUCAGUAUGACAGAAAUCACAGAUUUGCAGUGAAGUUGUUCCUCAAAUUUAAAGGUUGGGUAUUUCGUUGUUAUUUCUCCUGAUAUGUCAUAAACGUGUCUUAGGCCCGGGUCUGUUGUAUUUUGUGCCUCGUCUUGUUCAGACUCUUGUAUUUUCUGACACAAACAGCUGUUUGACCUGAUGGAUCCUGUAGUAACACUCGACCCACUGUGGGCGUCUCUCCUCAUGUGUCUGAAGUUCACCAUGACAAACCUGCAGGUGAAGGAUUUUCCUCUAAAUAAAACAAUGUAAAAUCUCACAAAA